AUGGCCAAGGCGGGUGCUGUGGCCGGGCUUGAGGACGAGCUGACCUGUCCCAUCUGCCUGAGCGUUUACCGCAACCCCGUGACCCUGAGCUGUGGUCACAGCUUCUGCAAGGAGUGCAUCCAGGAGGCACGCAGCUGCCUCGAUCGUCCUUUCAGCUGCCCGCUGUGCUGCACGCAGGCGGACCUCACCGCAGAGCUGCAGCCCAGCUUCCAGCUCCGCAGCAUAGUGCAGAAGCUGUUGGAUGCUUCUGCUCAUCAAGAGGAGGAAAAGCAUGAAGAACAAUGUGAAGAGAAGGGGGAAAGUUCGGGCCAGCAAGAUGAGGUGGUCCCAUGUGAUUUCUGCCUUCAGGAGACGCAGCCAGCUGUGAAGACGUGCCUGAGCUGCGAGGCCUCCCUGUGCCAAGCUCACCUGCACAAGCACAACACAAAGAGCUUCCUGAAAGACCAUGUCCUGACAGAGCCCUGUGGUGCUCACGUUUUGGCUGAGAUGAGAUGCCCCCAGCAUGGCAAACUGCUGGAGUGCUACUGCGAGACGGAGUCGAUGUCCAUCUGCGUGCUGUGCUGUGUGACCAGCUCCCACAAGAACCACAAGAUCAUCACUUCGGAGGAGGCUUUUGGCCAGGCACAGAGUGCUUUUCAUGAAACUCUGGAGACAGCGAAAAAACACGAGGCUGCACUGGAUCAAAUUGUAACAAACCUGCUGAAACAAGAGGAGGAAGUAAAGACUAAGGAGAUUCUGCAGAGGAAUCAGCUGGAGACCUUCUUUGGAGAGAUGCAUCUGCAGCUAGACAGCAAAAAAGAAGAGGUUCUGAAAGCUCUCAGUCACAAAGAGGAGCAACAGCUUUCUCAGAUUCAGAUGAAGAUACAGAAACACAAAGAGGUGAAGGAUGCAGUCAGCCGUGAUGUACAGGAGCUAGAGGCUCUGAGAGAUCAGAAAAAUGUGUUUAUUUUUGUCAAGUUCAUGAACAUCUGA